AAUGUGCAAUAAGACAUUUACAUAGAAGAAAUACAAACAAACACGGACAGACACAAGAAAAUCAGUGCACGGUAGCUUCACUUGUUUGCAUGCGGCAGCUGGGUGUAAUGUUUGAAAUUUUGUCUCGUUCGGGGGCAGAAUCCUGCCCCCAGCACACACGUCUGACCAAUGACGUAAUAUGUUUGUUUGUAAAUAAGUUAUUUCACAUUUGUAAUAUGUAUGGAAUUCGAAACAAAACGUUACUGAUGCUUAACAUCUUCACAACUUGUCGUAUUACAUAUCUAGACACAGAAAUUAAAAAAAGUACAAUGUAGCAUGGCCGCCAGCACAUUCAUUUACGUAUUGUUACACCUGUAGUAUUAAAACUCAUGCCCGACAAUAUGUACCAAUCGGCAAGGAUUGUAACGUAUAUAAGGUAUGUAACGUCCUUGGUUUCAUCAAGGAGGUUGAAAAAAGGAAUUUCAACCUCCUUGGUUUCAUGAGAUUGGAGGUCACUGAAGUGGUCCGACGGGUUGUGACCUCACACAGUUGGAGGUGUGGCGUGCAGGUAAGAUGGCUUCUUUACAUGCGGGAUUAGUUUACGGACAGUCCAGUGUCAUCAAUGCACCUUAACUUAGCACCUUUAAUCUUUCUGAAUCUUUCAGGAUAAUUUGGCCGUCCUUUCGACGUAUCUCGGAGUUGUGUUUCUCCCUUUAGGCUGUACCAGGAGCCUCCUAGCCUCACCCACCGGUCUCUCUGUAGGCAUUGGUGUAAGUUGUUGUUGUGUGAGAAGUCAAGGUUUUAGUGUCAGCUUUACCAGAUACAGUAGUUACAGCUGAUAGUGUCAAUCAGUUCAAGUCUAGGCUAGACAGAUACUGGGAGUGUCGAAAGUACGUCACAUGACUGAGCGAAGAUCAGGACACAACAAGCUGAAGCCUUCUCUCCUGGAUGCGGUAUCAAGAUCCUCUAAGACAGCAGAAAAAAUGACUCGAUUCGGAAUACGUAUGUCGAGAAAGACCCGACAAACGGUGUCCUUCAUAUCAGGGGUCGUCAUCGGAUUUUGGAUAAUGCUCACAAUCAUGACCCAUGUACCUGACAAAGAUAUGACCAGCCCUGUGUCUUCUACAUCAGAAUGGACGCCCGGCGUUCCUAAAGAAGGUUGGCAAGCAGGGUACGGGCCAACAAGUCUCGAAAGUAAUCAGAAGCAUAUCUACAUUGGUGUCAUGACAGCAAGAAAGUAUCUAAAUUCGAGAGUUGUUGCCGUCUACGAAACAUGGGGGAAACAAGUUCCGGGAAAAGUCGAAUUCUUCUCCGCCUACGAUCCAAAACAUCGAACUCCCAGGGGAAUCCCGGUCGUCACCAAUAUCCCUGGAAUCGACGACACCUACCCGCCUCAGAAGAAGUCCUUCCUGAUGCUGAAGUACAUGCAUGACUUUUACAUUGACAAGUAUGAGUGGUUCAUCCGAGCAGAUGAUGAUGUUUACAUCCGAGUGGACAAGCUACAAAAGUUCUUGCGAUCUGUAAAUUCCAGUAAACCUCUUUACAUCGGGCAAUCUGAGUCCAGCCAGAAAAACGAAAGGUUAAGCAUGAGUUCCAGUGAUAGCUUCUGUUUGGGAGGACCUGGCGUGAUCUUGAGCCGAGAAACGCUGCGGAGAAUAGCCCCACACAUUUCACACUGCUUGAAGAACAUGUACUCCAAACACGAAGACGUGGAGAUCGGGAGAUGUAUCAAGCGAUUUGCGAACGUUUCCUGUACCCGCGCUUCUGACACUGAGCGUAUAUUCUUCAAUGACUUAAAAUGUUACAAAAAGGGAAGUGUGCAGCACCUGUAUCCAGGUUUAGUUCAACAUGUCAUCACCGUUCACCCAAACAAAGGUCCAAAAGAUCAGUACAAGUUCUACACAUACUUCUCAGCCCUCAGACUUGAGGUAUUACAGCAGCGGAUGCUCGAGCUUUUUCGUACCAUUGAUAAAAUGACCAAUGAGCUUUAAAAGCGACAGUCUACUGGUCACUUGUCCAAUGGAAUCAAAGGACGAUAACGGUAAGACUUUACAAUUGUCCUCAGAUAAAUCUCGUAGAAACAGUUACUAUAGUAUGGGCUUAGCAUGAUAACAUGUGUAACAUAUUGAGAAACAAACGUUUCGGAGUUUAUUGCACAACCCAGCUACCAGUUACUACUGGUGAAGUUAUAACAGAUUAUUAUUUUCUUCGUUCUUUCAUUUCAUUAAAGAACAUGAAAUUUUAUUUAUUUAUUUAUUGAAAUACCUCUAAUACUUAUGUACAUUACUAUUGAAUCUCAGCCUAUAAGAUAUCUUCUAUCACUAAAUGACCGACAUUAUUAAUAAAGCAUCACACAACGAGUGUCUUCGAGUCCAUGUCACACAUUGUCGUUCAUUCAUUUAUCCUCAGGGCUGCAAUACCACAGAUUUUU